AUGUUGGUGUCUCCUGUUAUUCGUGGAACAGUCUCGAGGAUGCCUGUCUUCCUGUGGAUUGUGGGUGCACUGUCUUUGGUUACUGGAUCACUACCUUUUGAGGAUGUUCCAAGACAAUUGGGAUUUGUCUCACCUGGGCCCCAUGGAUGCCGCCUUAAAUUUUCUGACCUUGGAACCAACGCAACCUGUACUAGCCUGGAUCUCAGAUAUGUUCCUCAAGAUCUUCCAAUGAACACCAUAAUGCUUGAUCUCUCAUACAACAAGAUUACAACGCUCUACAAUGAAUCUUUCGUCUAUCUCAUAGACAUAAUCUCGCUCUGGGUAAUAGAAAAUCGUCUCCGACGGCUGGAGGAAGGAGUAUUCCAGCCCUUGAUUCAUCUAAAAGAAUUAUCACUGCUAAGAAAUCGGUUAGUUUCUCUUCCCUCGGGCUUGUUCAGCUCAAACCAUCGUCUCUCAAAACUCAUCCUCGCUGGAAACCAAUUUGGUUUAAUUCCAAGUAGCUCGUUACCAUUAUUAAACAAUAUGACUUUUCUUGAUUUAGUUUCCAAUAAAAUUUCCACCAUCAGUCCCCAUGAUUUUAGUCCUUUGGAGAAUUGCUCGUUGACUAGACUCUCUCUGAGGGCGAAUGCUUUACAUGAUCUGCCAUCCAGAGUAUUUUCAUAUUUGAGGAAAAUUGACACAUUGUCUCUUAACAAAAAUGUCUUUUCUGAACUUCACAUUUCUUCCCUUUUAGGAAAUACUAAUAUUCAAAGGCUUUACUUGAAAAGCUGUAAAAUAAAUGGUAUAGUUCCACUUAACCGCUCUUCUGUAACCUUGGAUGGCCUGCCUACAAUCAUUAAUUUAAGCUUGGUAGGAAACAGGAUAAAUUCCAUAGUAGACUUCACAUUUUGGGGUUUAAAUCGUACAAAUGUUCUUGAACUUCAGGCAAACCGCAUUGCUCUGAUAUCAAAUAAACCUUUUUGUGGAUUGGACCAGCUGAUAGAGUUAGAUCUAUCUCAUAAUAAGUUAGCUUCCUUAAGCUCCGGUAUAUUUUCCUGUAACAAAAUGUUACAGAGAAUAAAACUUGCUGGGAACAACAUUGCUAGUUUUUCAACUGAUAUACUAUCUGGUCUGCCUUUUUUAACCCACUUAAGCCUUUCACAAAAUAGCAUCGGUGACGUUUACUGUGGCAUCAACAUUCUGGCUGUCACAUGUGCACCCUUUGCAGUUGUUCUGCUUGCAGUGAUAUGCUUCAUGGCUUACUGGAAUAGAUGGUGGUUCAACUACAAGAUCUUCCUCCUAAAGCUAGCAAUCUGUGGUUACGAGGAAAUCAAUCAUGACUUUGAUGCUCAAGAAUAUGAGUACCAGCUUAAUCUUAUGUACAUUGAAGAUGACGAGGGGUGGGUGGACGAGAUCAUGAAGCCGGUCCUGCAGGAGAGGUUUCCACAUCUGCAAAAAGUGGUUUGGGGCGACAACAACCUCAACAUCUCGAUGUUCUACAUCAACGCUCUUCAUUAUGCAACAGACAACAGCUUCAAGACUGUCCUGUUGCUUAGUUACAACUCGGUGGAUGAUGCCUGGUUCCUGACAAAGCUGCGCAUAGCCCUAGAGCAUCUUAACGACACCAGGCUGGACAAGGUCAUACUGAUUUUCCUUGAGGACAUCAAGGAUGAUGACCUUCCGUACCUGGUACGGUUGUUCCUGAGUAAGAACAAACCUUACAUGCUUUGGACCGAGGAUGAAGAUGGCCAGAAACUUUUCUGGGCCCAAUUUGAAAAAAGCAUGAGGACAAACAGGGCAUUCAAUAAUGUUAUUCCUAUUUAG